UCUGUAGAGGGGCAGGUCGACAUUCCCUGCUCUGUGCUUGUAAAAGGCUGAGUCUUCACCGGGACUGAGCGCUGGUGGGGACCGUGGAAGCCGUGACAGUGGGAUUUUCCUCCUAAAGCCGCGCAACGCACCGCCAACCUGUUUGGACAUGGAGAGUGGCGAGAGGGAUGACCGCGGUAGCUCGCCCCAACAAAAUACAAUAUGGAAGCAAUUUCAAGCCAAAGCCAAACCGCUGCUCAGCCCCAAACUGGGAACAAGGGAUUCGGAGGACAAAAAGGAGCGAGGUAUGCGGAUGUUCAAAAAGAUCAAAUGGAAGCAGAGCGCUGCUUUGGACCGGGUGAUUUCCUCUUCGCAGCCCGACUUGCUUUUUUCUGACGCGGAUCUAGAUACCGCUUCAGCCUGCGUUCAUCCGUGCCCAAGGCGCCCCUCGAGCAGCCCUAACAAGCCAACUGUGGCACAACUGGUGCACUGCCACCACAAGAGCUCGUCUCUGGGGUCUGCGUGUGUGGAUGGACUGGUGGAGCCCCCGAACCAAGAGGGCAGCAGUGCAGCCGAGACACAGGCAGAACCACAGGCACAACUGGAGAAGCAGGAUGAAGACGCGCAGGGUGUGUGUGCCCCCAGUGGAGCAGGAGCCGGGGGUACUCAGGAUCGAGUGCCCACUACAGGGAUGUAUAAGCUGGAGGUUGAGCUGAAAAGGGGUCACAACCUGGCCAUUCGGGACAGAGGAGGCACCAGUGAUCCUUAUGUGAAGUUUAAGCUUGGGGGUAAAGAAGUGUUCAAGAGCAAAACAAUCCACAAAAAUCUGAACCCUGUGUGGGAUGAGAAGACAACUUUGAUUCUGGAUACUUUAUCUGAGCCUUUGUAUAUUAAGGUUUUUGACUAUGACUUUGGCCUUCAAGAUGAUUUCAUGGGCUCAGCUUACCUCUACCUGGAAUCUCUAGAGCAGCAAAGGACAAUUCCCAUCACACUUCCACUGAAGGAUCCGCACCUCCCAGAUGAAGACCUGGGCAGCCUGGAGCUCAAUGUCACGCUCACACCAAAAGACAGUCCCCUCGAGGAACGCCGGGACUCAACGCAACUUGAGCUUAGGACAUAUCGGUGGAAACCCUAUGUGAAUAAAACAAUGCUGCUCAGGAGAUCCUGGAAACGGACCACUAAGCAGCAGCAGUCCACACGUUUGUCCGAGUUGCACCGUAAAUCACAGCUAUGGCGUGGGAUUGUCAAUAUUGCUCUAAUUGAGGGUCGAAAUCUCACUCCCAUGGACCCAAAUGGACUGAGUGACCCGUACGCCAGGUUCAGACUAGGACAUCAGAAGUACAGGAGCAAGACUGUGCCAAAGACUCUGAACCCCCAGUGGAGGGAGCAGUUUGACUUGCAUCUGUACGAAGAGACUGGAGAGGUGUUGGAGAUCACAGUGUGGGACAGGGACACGGGACGUAGAGAUGACUUCAUUGGACGUUGUCAACUAGAUUUGUCCACUCUUGCCAAGGAGCAAACUCAUCAUCUAGAGCUCCCCCUAGAGGAGACUCAGGGGUAUGUAGUCCUUUUGGUCACCCUGACUGCCUCAACUCAUGUGUCCAUCGCUGAUCUUUCAGUGACCCCCUUGGACGAUCCCCAGGAGCAAAGCGAAAUACUCCGACGAUAUAGUGUUCUGAGGUCAUUUUCUAAGAUGAAAGAUGUGGGAAUUGUGCAGGUGAAGGUAAUGAGGGCUGAAGGUCUCAUGGCUGCAGAUGUCACUGGUAAAAGUGACCCAUUCUGUGUUUUGGAGCUGAACAAUGACAGAUUACAGACACAUACUGUUUACAAGAACCUCAACCCAGAGUGGAACAAGGUUUUCACAUUUAACGUAAAAGACAUCCACUCAGUGCUGGAGGUCACUGUGUUUGAUGAAGACAGAGACAGAAGUGCAGAUUUUUUGGGGAAAGUAGCCAUCCCAUUGUUACGAGUACAAAAUGGUGAACAAAAGGGGUACGCAUUGAAAAACAAACAGUUGACUGGGCCAACCAAAGGCCUUCUUUUUCUGGAGAUUGAUGUGAUUUACAACAAAGUCAAGGCAGCGUUUCGGACAGUAGUACCAGCAGAGCAGAAAUACAUUGAAGAAGAACAGAAAGUCUCAAAGCAGUUGCUGCAGCAGAAUUUUAAUCGUGCGAAGAGGUGCAUCAUGGUCCUGUUAAGUUAUGGGACUUAUAUCAACAGCUGUUUUGAAUGGGAAUCUGCACAGAGAAGCCUCAUAUCCUUUGUGCUUUUUGUGGUAGUUGUGUGGAACUUUGAGCUGUAUAUGCUGCCCUUUGCCCUGCUGCUGCUGCUCAUUUGGAACUAUUUCUUCUCCAUGAGCAGGGACUCUUCUGACGCGUCAGUAGAAGCCAUGUUUGAAUGGGAAGAUGAAGAGGAAGACAAAGAUGACAAAGAAUCAGAGCCCAAAGGCUUUAUGGAUAAACUCUAUGCAAUUCAGGAUGUGUUUAUUAGUGUGCAGAAUGCUUUAGAUGAAGUGGCUUCAUUUGGAGAGAGGAUAAAAAACACAAUAAACUGGACCGUGCCUUUUCUAUCUUGGUUGGCAAUUACUGCCUUAUGUUUGGCCACAGUUCUUCUCUACCUCAUACCGCUGAGAUAUCUUGUGCUUGCAUGGGGUAUAAAUAAAUUUACAAAGAAGCUUCGGGAUCCAUACAUGAUUGACAACAAUGAGGUUCUAGACUUCCUUUCCAGAGUGCCCUCAGAUGUUCAAGUGAUGCAGUAUCGGGAGCUCAAAGUGGAACCUGGUCAAAGUCCCAACAAACGUAGGAGAACUAAUCUCAGCUAACCCACUGCAAUUUAAGUAAUAUUUCUCUUUGGAAACACAUCCGAAGAAAAACUACUAUAAGCAAUUAAUAUAAGUGUUAUGCAUGUGGAUUAUGUGCUAGUGUACUGUUUUGUGUUUUGAGUUGUUUUGUUGAAGGAAGCAAAUUUAUUUUUUGAAACUUUUUUGAAAAAAAUAAUACCAAAAGAAAUUUUAUGGUUUUGAAUACAUUUAUUUUCUUACAGUUCUAUUAUGCAACGCAUGUGUAUCUGUUACAAAGCAUGCCUGUACAAAGGUGUGUAAAUGUUGCAUGGGAUUUUUUGUAUCCCAAAAAGUUUCUGUUCUAUCACUCUUACAUCCUUUUGCAUGUAGGUGGUGUUUCUGCAGCAAAAAGUAUACUCUCACUGUAUAGACCAAAAGACACUGUUUUCUAUGGACCAUCUUUUCCUUUAUAUGUUCAUGAUGGACAUGUUUUUAUAUGCUGUUUUUAUUAAUCAGAGUUUAUUUAACCAUGAUAGUCCCACUGAGAUAAAGAAUCUCUUUCUCAGGGGACCCUCUUACCUGUUUUAGCUGUCUACCCAAUGUCAUUAGCCUGUAUUUGCACAUAUAUCUCACCAUUAAAUCCACCAUGCUGGAACAUA